UGUUCACUGCCUUAAUGUGGUGGGGGGCGUUUGAAGUGGCGAAAGGACCGGUCUAUUUCCACUGGCUGUGGAGAAGGGGAGGGUCUUUAUUACCCCCGGACCGAGACUGAAUCGGUUCAGUACAGUUAGAGCCGGAGACAGACGCCACAUCGGCUAAAACAGACGCGCAUCACGACGCGCGACUGGAAAACAAGACGCCGGAUGUAUUGACUGCAUUCUGCAUUCAUAACGGUGACGCGGUUAUAAUGUAUUACUAAUGUCGAUUCCUGUACUGUACUGUACUGUAGUGGUUCUCCGUCACUGCAGAACAACAUUAUAAGCAAAGGGAUUUCUCUAACGGUCGAUAUUGAUGGACGUACAAACGGAUAUGAUAUUGUGAACGAUAUUUUUCUGAGGACUGAGGGGAGAAUGUGCGCACUGCAGUAACGCUACAUUCAACAACGCACACGACUGGACGGUGGAUGUGAUGGAUAUUGGAUAUCUGUCGGCAAACGAGGAGAUCACAUCUGGGUUUUCAUUAAGAACAAAGUUUGCUUGCAUGAAAACAUCAUUUGAAUUGUUGGUGUUCGUGCUUAUUCACUGUGAUUGAGUGGCUCAAGCCACUCUAUCCUUCAACAGAUGAGAAGCAACCAGUUCCUACAACUUCAGUUGUCUGCACUAGGGGAAAAGAAUGGUGUUUAUGACCGAAAUCUCAAAACAUAUCGGAAUCAUCCCACAAAAAUAGUCACCCAGCCUGGAAUCGUAAUGAAAGUGUUGCGGAGGAAAAGAAUUGUACUGUUUAUAGCGUAUUUUCUGCUGUUAGUUCUCACCAUGCUGAACUUGGCUAACUACAGAUGGACUAAAGAACCUCAACAGUGUAAUCUCCAGAUGAGAAGCACUCCGUAUCAGGGAAGGUCAGAUAUCCGAUUCCUUUACAGACCAUCUCUUGCUAAGAAGAGACAGCUUGUCUAUGUUUUGACCACAUGGAGGUCCGGUUCAUCAUUUUUUGGAGAGCUAUUUAAUCAACACCCAGAGGUUUUCUUCUUGUAUGAACCUAUGUGGCACAUCUGGCAGAAGCUGUACCCGGGUGAUGCUGUGUCCUUACAGGGAGCAGCGAGGGACAUGCUGAGCUCGCUGUACCGCUGCGAUCUUUCAGUUUUUCAGCUGUACAAUAGCCCUGGGAGCAAAAACUUCACCUCCCUUGGACUUUUCGGGGCCACACUUAAUAAAGUCAUCUGCUCGUAUCCUCUUUGCUCAGCUUAUAGAAAAGAAGUAGUCGGGAUGGUGGAUGACAAAGUGUGCAAAAAAUGUCCUCCACAAAGCCUCCGGCUCUUAGAGGAAGAAUGCUUGAAGUACAACACUAUAGUCAUAAAAGGAGUCCGGGUUUUGGACGUCAAUGUUUUGGCGCCUCUUAUGGAGGAUCCGUCGCUGGAUCUGAAGGUGAUUCAUCUUGUGCGAGAUCCCAGAGCCGUGGCCAACUCGAGGAUCAAAUCCAGGCACGGGCUGAUUCGUGAGAACUUACAGGUGGUCCGCAGCAGGGAUCCCAAACUCCGUAGGAUACCCUUUGUGGAUCCCGGCCACAAAAUUAGCAAAAAAGAUGGUGCAGAUUACCAUUCGGUUGGGGCUAUGGAGGUGAUAUGUGACCGGACGUACAGGAGCCUGAGGACUGCCUUAAAUCCGCCCGACUGGCUGAAAGGGAAAUACCUGGCGGUACGCUAUGAAGAUCUGGUGGAUAACCCUGUCAAAACACUCCGGAAUGUUUAUAAAUUUGCCAAUCUCAGUGCCAACCUUGACAUUGAGUCUUUUGCUCUUAACAUGACGAAUGGCACAAGCUCUUCCUCAAAGCCAUUUAUCGUGUCGGCCAGGAACGCGACACAAGCGGCCAGUGCGUGGAGAACAGUGUUGAGUAUUCAACAGAUAAAACAAGUAGAGGAGUACUGCCAUCAUGCAAUGGCCAUCCUGGGUUAUGAACGUGUAAGAACAGCUGGAGAAGCAAAAGACCUGAGUAAAUCUUUAUUGACUGCCUCCAAACUGUGACAGAGUUCUUGCACUAGAGAUAGCUUUCAAAUGUCCACCUGAAACAGAGCAGCAGCUCAGUAACUGAGGAUUUGUUUCUUCAAAUCAAAGAUUUCACAAUCACUUUCUGGAAUGUCAUAGCUCUUUGUGGUCAUUUAAUAGCACUGUUUGUUUUCUAAAUGAAAAAUGUAGAUGUUUGAUACAGCAGCAUCUGUGAACUAAAGCUGGAAAAUUUAUAUUGUACAAAACAAACGUUGCAUUGCCCUUUUUUCCCCCCUUAAAUGGAUGCUUAAGGUUGUUUGGAAUGUUUUUGAGUAUCAGUUCAUUUGCUGUAUGUAAAAUUAAGAAAUUAGAAUGGAAAAUGAGCAACAAAAAUACUGAUCAAAACUGUUAUGCAGUUAGUGCAGGUAAUGCUAUUUCUUUAGAAUCAAUUCAAAGACAAUCAUUAAAGUUCACAAUGAAUGCCAGUGUUAUAUGUUAUGUAAGGCAUAUUUCUCAUUACCAAAUAAAAUGUUAAAGCAAUUCUUUGCAAAAUCUUAAAGGCUACGUUUAAUUAUGCUGCUUAGUUCCAGGCUUAUUUUGUCAAGAAAGCCUAAACAUUAGGAUAUAAUUAUAACAUUUUAAUGGAGUAAAUAAAAAAUGAACAUACAAAUCACUGCAAAAAUGGUUCAGUUUAGUUCUGAGAAAAGAUCUAGCUGCAUUUGUUGACAUUUUAUCAUAUGCUUCACCAAAACUUGGAAGUAGCUCAAGUUCAUUCAGUGCACACUGUGGGACUUCAGAGUCCUAUAUUGGUUUAAAAUCUAAUAUUGAUCUGCAUUUGUUAUCCAGGGAUGUUAAUGGGAGUGAGAGAACUUGGAAUUCAAACAGGGUGUCACUUGUAUACCUUUGAUUGGUAAGAGACUGGUUUAAUGGAGUUUAAGUGACUGGUAAUAUAACCAAUGCACAAAGGGUUGAUAGUUACAGAGAGAAAGUCACCCCUAAUUGUCUGAUCUCAAUCUGCAAACUGCUUUCGAUGCUAAGAAUCCAAAGCAAAAAGUAAACAUUUAAAGGAUUAGUUCACUUCAGAUUUCAAAUUGAUCAUUUACUCAGCCCCAUGUCAUCCAAGAUGUUUAUGUCUAUCUUCAGCUGAAAAUAAAUGAAGGUUUUUUUAAGGAAAACAUUCCAGGAUUUUUCUCCAUAUAGUGGACUUCACUGGGGUUCAACGGGUUGAAGGUCCAAAUGUCAGUUUCAGCGCAGCUUCAAAGGGCUCUACAUGAUCCCAGACGAGGAAUAGGAGUCUUAUCUACUGAAACGAACGGCCAUUUUCUAAAAUAAAAAUCAAACUUAUAUACUUUUUAACCACAAAUGCUCGUCUUGCGCUGCUCUGCGAUGCUUCACGCAUUACGUAAUCAUGUUGGAAAUCUCAUUUUCUCCUCCAACUUCAAAAUCGGCCGACGUUGUUUUACCUUUUUUUGUAAAGGACGUUUGACUUAGUCUUUGCAUGUUCGCUUUGGAUCGGUAUCUCUGUCUACGUCACACUUUCCAACGUGAUUACAUAAUGCGUGGCGCAUCGCAGAGCAGUGCAAGAUGAGCAUUUGUGGUUAAAAAGUAUAUAUAUCUUGUAUAUUUUUUUUUUAGAAAAUGGCCGAUUGUUUCUCUAGAUAAGACCCUUAUUCUUCGUCUGGGAUCGUGUAGAGCUCUUUGAAGCUGCACCUUCAUUUCUUUUCGACUGAAGAAAGAAAGACACAUCUUGGAUGACAUGAGGGUGAGUAAAUUACUAGGAAAUUUGAAUUCGAAAGUGAACUAAUCCUUUAAUCAAGUAAAUCUUUGGUUAUUUGGCCUAAAUUCAAAUGGCAAAACCUACCAAGCAACAUUUCUGUAUUAAAUUCUGUUAUUUUCAACACACAUUUUACUGGCAAUAAUAAUAAAAACUUUUUUUUCAAGUGGUUAUGAUAGCUCUCUGGAUACUAUAAAGAAACGAGGGCUAUUGUUGCCAUUUCUUGUACCACAGGUCAUUUCCAGGGACAUUUGGGACUUCUUUACAGCUUUCAUAUUUCUCAAAAUUAAUGGAUGUUAUAGGACCCUGUGUAAUUGGCCUUGGGGGUUCUGUAAGAAACAAACAGCUUCGGCUAAACUUGGUAGUGCCGGCUACAAACACAUGCUGUGUCACAUUAAGACGUGUUGUACACAAGAACACAGUUUAUUCCCCAUGUACAUCAUAAUGACCGGGUACCAUAGCAUCUCUCUGCUUGCCUCUGACGAUGUCUUGUGCAGUUGCCAUGACAACAGCUCAAGGAGGUGCAGCUAUUAUUUGUGUAAGAACUGAAGCAGGUGGUGAAGUCUCAACCUUAUGAGAAAGAGAGACAAAGAAAGAGACGCUGUAUACACACUCUUGUUGAAUUAGCAGGUAUAAUGGUCCUACUGCUAUUGCUGACAUCACAUGUUGGAAUUGACCACGUUAUGACUGGGUUAUGUAGCUUUGUAGAUGUUAUGCCUCUGAUAUUGUUUUGACUAGUUUUUGCAUUGUGUCUCUUUCACAGCAUGGAGAAUGUUCACUGAUUCAGGAUUCACAAUUGACUCAGUGUGAAUAUGAGUUGAUUUGGCAUCAUGCAGAGGAUACAGAAUUUAUUUAGGCCUAUGAAUGGCAGGAACAUGAAUGUACUCAAUUGCAAGCCAAAUUUUCCUUGAUACAUUUUUUUUUCUCAGCUGGUUAGACAUAUUUCUCUAAUCUCAUGGUCAAAUGACUCAACACUGCAAUCAGAUCUUAAUGUUGUCAUUCGGCACCACAAACAUAUUAUUUUAAAGGGAUAGUUCAGCCAAAAAUGAAAAUUCUGAAAAAAUCAUUUACUCACCCUUAAGAUUGUUCCAAACCUGUAUAAAUGUCUUUCUACUGCUGAACACUAAAGAAGAUAUAUAUUUUGAAGAAUGUCGGUAACCAAAAUAUUGAUGGGACCCAUUGACUUAAUUGACUAAAAAAAUUUACUGAAAAAAAAAAAAAAAAAAAAAAAAAAAAAAAAAACUGUGGAAGUCAACUGUUUGGUUAUUUACAUUCUUCAAAAUAUCUUCUUUUGUGUUCAGCAGAAGAAAGAAAUUCAUACAGGUUUGGAACAACUUGAGGGUGAGUAAAUGAUGACAGAAUUUUCAUUUCUGGCUGAACCAUCCCUUUAAAAUAAUGUUUGUGGUGCCGAAUGACAAAAUUAAAAUCUUAUGGCAGCAUUGAAUGAUUUAACUAAUCCUUAAAGGAUUAGUCGUCUUCAGAAUUAAAAUUUCCUGAUAAUUUACUCACCCCCAUGUCAUUCAAGAUGUUCAUGUCUUUCUUUCAUCAGUCGAAAAGAAAUGAAGGUUUUUGAGGAAAACAUUCCAGGAUUUUUCUCCAUAUAGUGGACUUCACUGGGGUUCAACGGGUUGAAGGUCCAAAUGUCAGUUUCAGUGCAGCUUCAAAGAGCUCUACAUGAUCCCAGACGAGGAAUAAGAGUCUUAUCCAGAGAAACCAUUGGCCAUAUAAAAAAAAAAAAAAAAUUAGAUACUUUUUAACCACAAAUGCUCAUCUUGCACUGCUCUGUGAUGAUCCACGCAUUACGUAAUCACGUUGGAAAGGUCAUGCGCGACGUAGGCGGAAGUACCGCGGUUGAGACAAAAAACUCCAUCUCAUUUUCUCCUCCAACUUCAAAAUCGUCCGACAUCGAUGCUUUAUUUUUUUUUGUAAAGGGUGUUUGACUUAAUCUUUGUAUGUUCGCUUUGUAAACACUGGAUCGGUACUUCCGCUUACGUCACGCGUGACCUUUCCAACAUGAUUACAUAAUGCGUGACGCAUCGCAGAGCAGUGCAAGACAAGCAUUUAAAGUAUAUACGUUUUUUUUUUUUUUUAGAAAAUGACCGAUCAUUUCACUAGAUAAGACCCUUAUUGCUUGUCUGGGAUCAUGUAGAGCUCUUUGAAGCUGCACUGAAACUGACAUUUGGACCUUCAACCCGUUGAACCCCAGUGAAGUCCACUAUAUGAACAGUUAUAUGUAGAUGAACAUCAAGAAAAAUCUUGUUUUAGGAAAAAUGAAUUUGUGUUUCAAGAAAUACAAAUUGGUUUAUACUCAAAAGGCAAAUGUUUUUGCAUAAUUUGUAUUUAUUUAAAUACAAAUUAUGCAAAAACAUUUGCCUUAAUUAUUGAAUAAUUCCAUAAUGCCUGAAUGAUUGAAUUAGCAUAAAUAUCUAGCCACUAAAAAUGGAGAAAUGCUUAAAUCAAGGUUAUCUUUUCUAUUUUAUUGUUUUAUAUUUCAGUGCUUACAUAUUUAUUCUACACUGUAAAAAGUAAUACGCUCUAUCUACUCAAAAUUGUGGCAACACUUUACAAGCGAUAUUAUUAAUUAAAUUCAACAUAUAAGAAUUGAGUUAGAAUUAAUCAAAUUAUUCCUUAAAAUUCAACCAUUUAAAAUGUGUAAAAUUAGCAAACACCAUUACAAAAACCACAAACUGACAUAAAAAGCAAAGAGUCAAACUGAACUACUAAAUGAAACACUGAUCUCCAUAAUGGUGAUAACCAAACAUUUUCAAUAAAAUAAACUACAACCUCUGUUAACCUCUGUUAAUUCAUGUGUUUCGCUUUCCUUGAUUCUACUUGUGAUCGUCAGGUGUCUUCAAUGUUGGCAAUAAAAAAAAAUAAAGAGUUUAAUUCA